UUGGCAUGCUACAAAAAAACAGCUUGUGAGGCGAGGUGUAGUUUCCAAAACCACACCCUCCUAAACAAACUAUGAUAAAGGAGGUGCUGCAUGGUCAGUCUUCACACCUAUAAGCUGCAGUGUACAGCCUCAUGGAGCAAACAGUUAACAUAGUUUCAAGGGAACAGUGGGGAGCAGCCACCCCGAAACAAACGGAGAGUCUCAAAGGUCCAGCGCAGAGAGUUGUGAUACACCACACGGCCCUCCUGAACUGCAAGGGCCUGGCAGAGAGUAAGGACCAUCUUCUUAGCAUCCAGAGGCUUCAUAUGAAGGACAGACACUUUGAUGACAUCGGGUAUAAUUUCCUUAUUGGAGGAGAUGGCAGUGUGUUUGAGGGUCGAGGAUGGGGUAUGAGAGGGGCGCACACCAAAGGCCACAACGAUGACUCCUUGGGCAUCGCAUUAAUGGGCAAUUUUAACAAUGACACACCAAGCAAAGAGGCGUUGUUGUCAGUCAAGCAGCUGCUGAUUUCUGGAGUCAGACAAGGAUUCAUACAACCAGACUUUGUGCUGUAUGGGCACAGAGAUUUAGGAGCUACAGAAUGCCCUGGAGAACAUCUUUAUGCUGCACUGCCACAGCUGAGGAUAUGACCUUGAAUGAACCUCUCAGGAAAAAGAGAGGAAGAGGAAGUCUAAACCGCUGACUUAUUUCAACCCUUUACCAGCUCCUUUCUAACCCCACGUUGGACAUUAUGCCAUGUGGGUAGAGCUCUGAUUAGAUUUUCAUUGGUGCUGUUGAAACCACACUAACUUGUUCUCAGGAAGGACUCCGAUUGACCCCCUGAUACCAAGAGGUCAGUAGAGCCUUGAAAUUGUGAAGACAGGAGCCAAGGUUUGCCCUAACAAUCACACUACCUGCAGCGACUUGCUCUCUUCAUCCAACUGGGGGAUGAAGAUUAAACUAUUAUUGAUCUCACAUUGGAGAACUGCAUU